ACUUCAUGGGUUCUGAUGGUUCCAUUGCCUGUGGAAUAACCUUGAUUCAAUGCAGUCAUAUAGAAGAAAUAGUACUUAAGAGUCUUUAUAAUAUGUAGCUUCAAAUCUCAGUGGGUUUGGUCUUAUCAAAACAGUUAUUAUUCUGCAAGCUUGAUGUUGCAUGUUUGUUUUCUUUGCAAGAUGCUACAUUUCCCAACUUGGCAUAUAACUGACACACAUCAAUAUUUUACUCACACAUUGUAGUGUGUGCAUUCAUUGUAUCAUACUGUAUGUGUACGGAGCAAAAAUACAAUACAAAUGAGUAUAACAUGUUUUGUUUUCAAAUUUAUAUCAGCAAUUCAGACAGGCCUGUACAGUAGGAAUACAAAAAAAAAAAAAAAAAAAAAAAAAAAGCUUUCUAAAAUUGUAUGUCAAACGACUGAAUUGUAACCACGUGUAAUGCAAUGUGUUUAAAUCGUGUAAAUAGCACAUAAUACACCUACACACAGCAGUUUUUAGCAGUUUAAUAAGAUAUAAGCAGAACAAAAUAUCCCAGGACAGAAAUGAACAUGCUACUUGAGUUCUACGGAACAGAUUAUAGUCGUAAACUUCCGGUACGACUAUUUUUGUAGUCCGAGUUGCAGUGUAUAUCUGUACUGAUUGGUAUUAGUUCUGGCGACUAAUAGUUUAGUUUAUUUAUUUAUUUUUAAUGAAAAAAACAGGCAUCGAUGGCGACAGAGGACCAACAAGGAGCUUCUUCAGUUGUUGAUCGAUAUUAUACUCGUUGGUAUAAAACAGAUUUGAAGAGUAAGCCCUGUGAAGACCACUGUGUCCUGCAGCAUUCUAAUAGAAUCUGUGUCAUCACACUUGCAGAAUCGCAUCCCAUUUUACAAAAUGGAAGACAAAUCAAGAGCAUAAAUUACCAGAUCAGCGCCAACUGCAACAGACUACAAAACAAGGUUUCUGGGAAGACUAAGCGGGGUGGACAGUUCCUUACAGAGCUUGCACCUCUGUGUCGAAUAACAUGCAUGGAUGGAGAGGAAUAUACAGUUUUUAGUUGCAUCAGAGGACGCUUGUUAGAAGUCAAUGAAGACAUUCUUACAAAUCCUAAUCUAUUACAGGAAAAGCCAUCCACAGAAGGCUACAUUGCAGUUGUGUUGCCUAAAUUUGAAGAAAGUAAAAGUGUAACCCAAGGACUGCUGACCCAGGCGGAGUAUGAAGAUAUUCUUUCUAAAAGAAGGAGCACAAACCCUGAACCAUGCUGAUGAAGGGACUGCAGGCUGAGCCUCUGGGCUGCGGCUGUCUGUUUUUUACAGCUGGAGGGAGUACCAGGAGCUACCUGUACAGCAAAUAGCUCCUGGUUGUUUACUGGCUCCAGCAACAGAGCUUUUAGAGGCUAGUAUUGCAGUAAGGACUAAGUAAGGAGAGGCACUGGGGUUUAUUCAAUUGGUGCAAAUACUGCUAUCAUUAUGUUUGAUUUGAAAUUUCUUGGUACGCAGAGAGCCCCAUUAUAUUUAUCUUAAGUGGUUGUAUUCAGAUCUACACUGUCUUUGAAAAUAGUUGUGGAUUGGUAUGUUGUCAGACUUUAUUUUGAUUGGCAUCUGGCAACCAAAAUUGGUCUGAAAAGCUGUUCUUUGUUUCAGUUUAAGAAAGCAGGCAACACUUGGCUUGAGGAUUAAUGAAUUAAGAGUUUUAUUUGAAAAAUAUAAUUUUACAGGUUAAAUUGUUAGAGAAAUGUGUGUAAAAAAAAAAAAAAAGCCAAAACUGUCUUUACAGGAAAAAUAAAUAUAAUAAAGUCCUCUAUGUUACCAUCGCGA